GGGUGCUUAUGACGUCAUAAGGACGGUCAGUUUGCAAGACGGUCACUUUGCAAGACGGUCAGUUUGUUGGACGGUCAGUUUUCAGGACGGUCACUUUGCAGGUCGGUCAGUUUCCUGGUCGGUCAGUUUGUAACCCCCCGUGCAUUAAGUGUCAAGUGAUUAUGUGUGCUUGUGUAUUUUGUUUUGAUUUUUGGGUUUGGACUUUUGAGUUUUGAAAGUUUUCCAUCUAUCUUUAUUAAAGAAAAUAAGAGUUUGAGUUAACUUAGUAGGUAUAAGAAACAUAUAAUUCGGCUUAUAAUUUAUUCAUUAUUUAUUGAUAGAAGAUAGAACGUUGUACUCCAGGAACAAAACUGUUCAGAACACUCCCAUAUCCCAAUUGGUAGGCUACUGCUGUAAGUUGACUGAGCAGAAAAACCAGAAAUCUGUCUGUCAGUGCUGUAAUACUACAAAACCAUAAUCCUGAAAAACCAAGUAUGGCUUGAAAUUGACUCUUUGUGAGUAGACAGUGAAGGUGUGUUUUGAGAUUGUACGCUUCACCGACCAUUUUGAACAUCAUUAUUGGAGAAUAGCCUACUGCAUGGCAAAAACGAGAGGUAGUAGUUACGAAAGGUCAAUGGAAAUGGCUUCUAGACCGUUGAGGAAUAAUCCAAAUGCAUAUUCACGUGAAAGUGUUGGUAGAUUUAGUGAGCACUCUUUACACUCUGCUUACACAUCAACUCCUGGAUUUAGGGAUGGAAGCACGUGGGACAGCUGCAUGACUCGCAUUCCCUAUGCUACUCUGAUAGCCACGAUCAUUUGUGUGAUUGGAGUUGGCAUAUUCUGUGUAUCCAUCAACCGAGGAUUGAGUUUGUCUUUUCUUCUGUUUGAUGAAGUUUUCAACUUGAGAUUGUUAUGGCUGGAACAUGUGAAAAUCUUGUUGGUGAUAAUGGCAGCGAGCAUGGCGGCGAUGGGUGUGAUGAUAGUGUUCGUGGGCUGCCUGGCGACAGGCGCCACCCGCCACAAAGUGUACCGGGCGUGGAGGGCGCGCGUCGGAGGCAGGAUAUCCUGUGCUGUAUUUAUGGUUAUCACGUACAUAAUGUUUUUCGUCUGGAUAGCACUGAAAGUAGCUCUUUCCAUAGUGGUAGUGAUUUAUUCGAUUUUCUGGCAACUCUGCUCAUCAACAAGAAUUUCAGAAGAACAGCAGUGCAUUGAUCUUCGACAAUUUGAUUUUUCAUUUCCAGAACGUGUAAGACAUCAAGAUUUAAUGAUUUGUGAAGCAAAUAAGAAGAAGUUAUUUUGCAAAGACUAUGUUGAAAAAGCAGAAGUCAUGUUCAUUUUGGCGACAUUUGCGGUUUUUCUCAUCGUCCUUAGUCUUGUGCACUACUUGAUGUGCCUUUCAGCAAAUUACGCACACAUCCGAGACCAAGAGAAGUUCCAAGAGUUACAAGAACUCCAAUACUUGGCUGAUCCAGAAGGCUUGACAUCAUCUAAAGAUAGAUUCUAGGAUACAGCACAAGAAAUCUUCAGAGGGGAUACUUAUCAAAGCCAGUGAUUAAUCAAGUCUUUACUUAAGAAAUAGCUUGAAUUAACUUGUAUUGUAAUGAAAGUUAAAUUGAAUUCUCUGUCAAAUAUGGAGUAGCUUUUAAAUCUGAAACUGAUAGAUCUACGAAAACUCAAAUAAAACUUAUCCAUCGCCAAAAGAUAAAACUUGGACACAUCAUUAGUUGUAACGAUGAGACUGGAAGCUAUGUGUAUCAUAAUUAUUACAAUUACGUUUAAGAAGUAUUGAAAUAAUUUUCAAUCCUAAUCGAAGUUAUUAUAAUAUUUGAUAAUGAUGAAUUCCAUUUGAAGGUUUCUUGUGUGAGAAUAAUUAUUCCAUCCAUAGAAAUGUGAUACUAAGUAGGUUAGGAAAGUAAUAUUCCAUUCCUUAGAGAAUUAGUUUGAUGCGUAGUUUCCAUUCACUAGAAUUUAUUUUACAAUACUCAACUAUCUUGCUAUGUUUCAAUACUACAGGUGUAUGUUAUUAGAAGUUGGAUUCAUUACAAUUUUAUUUUUAUACUUAUAUUAUUAUAUGCAAUGUGAAUUAUCUUGUUCAGUAUUGGAAUUCUAAAUGUUUUAUUAUAGCUUUAGCUCCAUGUACAACUUAUUUCAAAGGCACUGCCAAAUAUAGUAUUAAAGGUUUUUAUUGGGAUUAAUAAAAUUAAUUAUUAAUUCGAAAUAUUGAGAACAACUCGCUAAUGAUGCACCAAGAAUUUGCACUUGCUAGCUCGAGUAAGUUAUACGGUAACUAUGUUAGUAAUUUAUAAAUUUUGGCUUUUAUAUAUUAUAAUAAUAUGAUAGAUAUAUUUUUAUACUGUUUAAAAUUUGUUAUAAAAAGUAUAGAUGGUUUAUAAAUAUAAUAAGAUGAGACCACUAUUGUUCUUGAUGAAUUCUGAACAGUUUACUACUUUGUAUACCGGUAAUUUUGAAUAGAAUAAAAGGUAUUAAAGGUUUAGAUUGCAUUAGUAGUAAGUUGGAAAAGCAAUGCAGUAUUGACACAUUUUGUAAUAUUUACUAGCAUAUUUAUUCACAAAAUUGAUUAUAAUAUCCCGUAACAGUAAGCCUAUAGAAAACAUUAUUGGAUUACACAAUAAAGUAAGGUACGUUUUUGAGCUGCUUGCACAACGAUA